AUGAAGAUGAAGCUUGGUGCAGAAGAACCUGUUGAAGUGAAGAGAAGUAAGGCAAAGCUGCAUUCGCUUGUGGAUGAAGCAGGUGGUUUGGACCAAAUUUUGGUUAAACAUAAAUCAAGACUUGAGAAAGAAAAGGUGGCUGCUGCUCAGCAACCAGAGGACCGGACUAGAUUCUCUGUGACUCGAAAACAAGCAAGGGAGAGAGAACUACAAGAACAAUGGGGAGGUCUAGGCUUAGGAAACUCCAUGAAGCCACAUCAAUCGAAACUUGAAUUGGAUAAGGCUGCUUGGAUUAAAGCUGGACAAGAGGAAAAGAGGCAAGCGGUGGGAUUCUCAGGUUAAAGGAGGGAAGAUAUGAAGCAGUUCUCACUUAAAUUGUAAAGAAUAUGUUUCUGCAAUUGAUCAACCUAACGAUCAAUGUUUUUGUGUUUCUUUUACGAUUUUGUAUUGUUACAGGAGAAUACUUUGUGUAUAAAAGUACGCAAUCAGUUAGAUUGGAUUGGAUUCCCCAAUUUAAAGCCAUCAUAGUCAAAUUGAUUGACAGAACUUUUUUCCCAUAAUUAGUAAUCUUACGAGUCC